AUGAGGCCCACGGUGGAAAGUUUGACUCCACUGUUUACACACUUCUUUAUUUUGAGGGUUGCCUUGUUCUGCUCACAAUCCUGUGUCUUUAACAACUGCAGUGACAGGGAAAGCUCUGCCUGCCGAGUUGCUUUUCACAACUUACCUAACCUUUCCCCAUUCUACUUUCUUAGGCUGCUGAUGGCAUCAAUGGAAACCCUGUAUACUGCUCUGCAAGAUCAGAUCCAGUCCUUUGAGGGACACAUAAGAAGCUGCCAGCAAGCCUUUGACAUUGACACCCUUUACAAUGUGUUGCUGCUGCUGUCCCCUGCCACAGAUAUCCAGAGCCUCGAGCAGCUGGAAAAGCUUGUUGAGUCCAGGGAGCAGGAUGGACAGGAUAGAGUGAGGAUCACAGCUGGCUGUGAUAAGUGUGACAUUGCCAGCUACAUCUCCUGGUUUGUCUCCUAUGUGCAGUACCUGGGCUCCUUGAAAAGGUCGUUUGACACCAAGGUUGUGUUUCCAUUGUGUGAAAACCUGUACGUUAAUGAUGACUCGCUUGAUGCAUUGACCUUUGGACACAGGAGAGGACAUGGCCUUCGUGCCCCAGCAUCCGUUGCACGCACAGCCAAGCAGUUGUUCUCUGUCAGGAGGAAAUGGGCUUUGCUCCUGAAAGGGGACACAAUUGAUGCGCAGUUUUUCAGCCCCCAAAGCUGGCUUGAUGUGCAGGGCUUUGGCGACGCCUGUCCCUUUGGGAAGGUCUUGAGGUUGGUUCCUGACCUCUUUCACAAGGGCUUGGCUACUGCCCGGCUUGCCAGGCUGUGGGUGGAGCGCCAUGCCAGAAACCACGGUACCCGCCCAGUGCCCUCAAAUCUAGGUUCAACCAAGAGAGGCAAAGUAUUGGCUGUGGACAGCUUGGAACACCAUGGGUACAACAGUUCCCUUUGCCAGCCUAGGUUACCCCAAGCCCAAUAUGAUUGCUUGGAGGUUUGGUCGCCGCCGAAAGCCAGCAGCAGCAGGUGCAGCAAUGAGAGGGGCACCUGCACCUGCAUGAGAAGUGCCAGCCAGGGAAGGAACAAGCUGCACGAGAUCCGUGGGGAACUCAUGUCCCUGCUGUGUCGGGGGGAACGUUCUCUGAGCUUGGAAGCAGAGAUUCAGGAGGUAAACCAGAGCAUUUCCAACCUGCGGCAUCACCGGGUGGCUAAGGAAAGGGAACUGGAAGCCCUUGAGCAGCAACUGGAGAAAGACCAUUUGAGUGUGCCCUGCCCACAGCGCCAGGCUGUUCUCUGUGAGCUGGAUGCCUUGGGGAGGCAGCUGAGGCUGGAAGAAUACCGCAAGAGCAUCCUGCAAGCUGCAGGAACGCUGCCAGGAGCUUGCACAGCUAUUGCAGGGUAGGGAAGAGGUUCCCCUGGAUCUUCAGCUUGCCAAUGAAACAUAGACUCUCCCUUCUGCUUGGUUGCCUGCCUCUCAAAUGAAGGUCGACUUGCCUCUG